AUGUCUGAUUCAAAUAAUACCAACAACAAUGAUUCAAAUAAAAAUAUAGACGCGUCAUCUUUUGCUAGCAUACUAGCUGGAGUAAAACGAAUGAGAAAUGAAUAUGGUGGUGAUUUCUCAGAAAAUGAUAUAACUAUUGAAAAAAGAAAAAGGAAUGAACCACCAAAACAACAAGCACCACCACCACCACAAGCACCACCACCACCACAAGCACCACCACCACCACAAGCACCUCAGCAACAACAAGGAUCAUCGGCACAAAUUACUAGCAAAUAUGUUGACGUAACAAUCCCCAGAACUACAUUAGAAAAACCAACAGCAAAACCAGUACCUCCUCCACCUCAAUCAGCUCAAGCAACUACUACUACCACCACCAAAUCAUCAUCAUCAGCAGCUCAAAUACGAAAUAAAAGAUCAUUAAAUCCAUCUAGAUCUACAGGACCAUCAGAAAUUCUUGUACACAAAUCUCAAGAGAAAAAUCCCCUUUUAAGUGAUUCAAUGAUGAAAACAGUACCAUGGUCAUUCGAUUCUUCAAUAUUAUCAGAUUAUUAUAUAAAUUCAACUUUCCAAAUUUUAUUCCUAUCUUUAAAAUAUUAUAAGUUAAGACCAGAAUACAUAUGGACAAGAAUAAAAAAAUUAAAUAAAGGAUCUAGCGUGACAACAACAAAAGAUGAUAAAGUAUUAAGAGUUCUAUUAGUUGUGGUUGAUAUUGAAUCUCAUCAUGAAUCUAUAAGAAAGUUAUCUGAUUUUUGUAUAAAGCAUGAUUUAUCAUUAGUAUUAGCUUGGUCAUUUGAAGAAGCUGGAAAUUAUAUUGCAUUAGGAAAACAUUUUGAUAAUUCUCCUGUACAAACAAGUAAAAAUAUAAAAGGAUUUAAAGGUAAUGAUUAUAAUUCAAGUGUUAUUGAAGCUUUUACUGGUAUAAAAUCAAUUAAUAAAACUGAUGUAUCUAAUUUAUUAGCAAAUUAUAAAUCUGUUAAAGAAAUUAUUUUAAAUUGUUGUAAAAAUGAUGAUAAUUUAAGUAAUAUUCCUGGUAUGGGUAAUGUUAAAAGGAAAAAUUUACAAGAGAUUUUUUCAGAACCAUUUAUAUUUAAUAAAAAUUAUUAA